AUGUCCAUGCAAUUCCUUUGCAACAUGACCUUCACGGCCAUCGGCGCUGGAGCGGUGCCGAUGGUGGUGGUGCCCGAUCCGUCAGGUCGUGAAACCGCAACUCAGCGACGUCGCCGCCAGCGCGAGGCAUCAGUGCAGCGCCGCUUCCAAGUGAACGAGGAUCGUCUGUCCAGCAACCGCAACGGCCGCAACGACCGACCAUACUACGAUGACCGCCGUAACGACCGCCCGUAUUACCACGACCGACGCAACGCGGACUACUCGUUCUCUGGCCGUGGUUGUCGUGGCGGUGGUCGAGGCGGUGGUCGAGGUGGCGGCCGUCCCCGGACUCCUUCGCCUCAAAAUGACCGCGGCCGCCGCCCACACUCGCCUGCCAAUACAAAUGACCGCAGCCAAGUGCAAACUCGAAACGCCGGAUGGGGUCCACCACCACCAAUGACCCGCAACGGAGGAUGGGACAUGCCUAUCAUUGUGCAUGAUGCCGUCGUACUUGAAGAUGUGACAUCUGCGGCGUCACCCAUAGCUGGUACCGUGCCCGAGACAUCUGCGGCGUCACCCGAAGCCGGUGCCGUGCCCGCGCCGUCGCAAACAGCCAAAGUGGAUGCCGUGCCAGCGACACCUGCGUCGUCGCUCGAAGCCGUUGCCGCGCCCGCGCCGUCGCAAACAGCCGAAGUGGAUGCCGUCCCUGCGCCGGAGGAAGUCGCGCAAGUUGUUGCGCCGCCACUCCAAGUUAACAUUCUCACUGCUGGCGACGACGAUCUUGUCGUUGCGCCGCUCGAAGGAGGAAAAACACCUUGGCCGAUCGAUGGUCAUUUGGCCGAUCAAUGGUCGAUCACGUUAUGUUAUAAUUUAUGA